AUGCCAGAGCAAAGAAUAACGGCUUCAACCUUUGACGACAGUCAGUUAGCAUCAUCGACCAGAGAAGUCUUACUACAAGAUAUCGAUUUUAUUGCCGAAAAGGUUGCUGAUAAAAGUUAUACAGAGUUGAAAAAGAAAUAUGUACCAUUAAAUAGUGGCAAGAGCAAGCCUGCAAAUGAACAGGAACAAUCGUCUCCAUCAAAGAAUGACGAUAACAAUUCGCGUCAACACGAUGGUAUACCAUCUCCAAAAGUCAUUAUUUAUCCUGAUAGUAAUAUCAAAUUAACUUGGAAUAAGAUAAAGCCUAUUGGUGCUGGUCUUGUUAACCUUGGUAACACUUGCUAUUUAAAUUCAGUCCUGCAAUGUUUAUGUUAUACACCACCCUUAGCUAAUUAUGCCUUAGCUGAACAACACAAAAAAGACUGUAGAAAAAUUGGCUUUUGUGUACUAUGUGAAUUACAAAGUCUGAUGGUACGCUGUUUAAAGUCCAAUGGCUCGUCGGUUAAACCUUGGCCGAUUGUUAAUAAACUAAAAAAUAUUGCUAGUCAUAUUCAGUUUGGGCGUCAAGAAGAUGCACACGAAUUCCUAAGAUAUCUUGUUGAUGGCAUACAAAGUAGUUGUUUAGCUGCUUACCCGAAAAAUCUGGAUCAAUACUCUAAAGAUACUACAAUGAUCUAUCGAAUCUUUGGUGGAUAUCUGAGAAGUUUAGUACAAUGCGCUCAAUGUAAAUACAAGUCUAUUAAAUAUGAUCCAAUGUUGGAUUUGUCACUAGAUAUAGCGGAUCUUAACACUUUGUCGGCAAUGUUAAGAAAGUUUAUAGAACCGGAAAUUUUAUCUGGACGUGAUAUGUAUACAUGUUCAAAAUGUAAAGUCAAAGUGAAAGCUAUGAAAAAGUUUACUAUUCACAGAGCCCCGGUGGUACUAACUAUACCAAUAAAAAGAUUCAACAAAUUUAGUUUAUUUGGAGGGAAAAAUUCUAGAAAGAUAAAGUUCACUGAAACACUCGAUUUGCGCCCAUACAUGACAAGUAAAACAGGUUCUCCUCUUCUAUAUAAUCUUUAUGGUGUUUUAGUACAUUCUGGUGGUUCUUGUAAUAGCGGACAUUACUACUGUUAUGUAAAAUCAUCAAAUAACCAAUGGUAUUGCAUGAAUGACUCCCACGUUACCAAAUCCAACAUAAAUGCUGUUUUACUACAAGAAGCAUAUAUUUUAUUUUACAUUUCUUCACCGACGUUAUCUUCUUCCGAAUCUGAAAAAGGAAUGUUUAAUAAUUCGUCAUCGAAGUCAAAUCAUAAUCAAACGUUUUCCUCGAGUCCUAUGAAGCACUUAAAGAAACCGGCAGAUCGUGGAAAUUAUUUCUCUCGAUCUACUUUUAUACCAGUUAGCUCAAAAGAGACCGUACCCAAGAUGAACAUUGUUCUUAAACAGAAUUCAAAUUCUACAUCAGAUUCUAAAUCCCUAGACUGUUCUCCUAAAAAAAUAUCUAGUCCAGCUAGCCAACCUCAGACGUUAGAACAUGAUAAUAUAGUGAAAUUAACGAAAAGGCACAAUGUAAACAUGCAAAAUGAGAAAGAAAAAGCAUCAAAUAUCGGUAGUUUAAAGCAGAAAAAAAUCAAGCAAGGGUUUGUCCCUCGCCAGGUAUUAUCACUUAAGCCAUUUAGUCCGCGUGUAAUAACAUCGGAUGCUAAGAAUUUUAAAAGUCGAGAGCAAGAAAGCAAAGAAGUUAGCAAAGAAGUGCCAGAAAGUAAUAAAAGUAAUUCACUAGACGGAGAAAAGCCAAAAAUAACUGUGGGAUCCAGCGAAAAAGAUAUAGAAAAGAAUCAGCCUGAAUGUAACGAUUCAGGUGGUGCAGGUGACGAGCCUAUGUUGCAUCAUAAAACUACUUUAAAAGAUGAUCAAUGUGUAGAUUUGUCAAUCUCAUCUGAACCGCCGCAUAAUAAUGACGAUCGGACGAAGAAAAGAUUUCAAGAAGAGUAUUUGACAAGCAGUAAGAAAAAGAAAGAAAAGAAAAAGAAAAAGAAACGUAAUCAUAGGCAUUCUAGUGAUGGUAGCGAUGAAGAAGAAAUGGUGAGAGCUAAAAAAGAAAGAACGUCAAGUAAUGAUGAUAGAAGAAGUUCGCAUUCAAAGAAGAAACAUAAGAAACACCAUAAAAAACAUUCAAAGAAACAUAAAAAAUUGAAAGAAAAGUCUUCAUCUUCGCGUAAAUUAAUUGAUAGUCACAAUAAUACGAUGAAUUCGUCGCAUAAUUCUGUGAAUGAGUUAUCUAUCGGAACUUACGACCAAUCAGCACCUCGCACUCCCAACGCAGCUCCUGUAAAAAUGUGGGACGAUAACAAAGCAAAUCGAUCUCAUUGGGAUGGAUCUCAGGGUAGAAGCGAAGAGGGCCGUGUUGAUAGGAAGUCUCGUGAUGCUUACAGCAUUUCCGUUAAAAGUUGGGAAGGAGACGAGAGUAACCUUGAAAAAUAUAAAACCGGAGAUUUAAAACGGAAACGUCACUUUCUUGAUGAAGAAAUAGAUCGUGGAAAGAUUAAAAAGAUCAAGAGAAUAAAAAACCGUGAUAAAUAUCACCGAGAUCCCAGUGGAUACCGUAGCAAGGGAUUUCGGAGAAUGUAA